AUGGCGCCGACUCUACCCGCCAAUGCGCGCGUCUCCACCAACUCGUUCCUUCAAUCCAAGCUCAACCAUCUGCGCGACCGAUCACUGGGCAGCAGCGCAGUUCGGGCCACCACUGCAGAAAUCGCGCGUAUCCUGGCCGUCGAGGCGACGCAGAAUGACACUGCGCUGCCGCAGGGAAAGGUCGGCUUGAUUGUCGUGUUGCGAUCUGGCCUGGCCAUGUCCGACGCCUUUUUGUCGCAGUUUGCGCCGGACACUGACGUCGCCGUCUAUCAUAUUGGCAUGUUCCGCGAGAAGUCGUCGCUGCAGCCUGUCGAGUACUACAACAAGCUGCCGAAUAAUAAUACUGAAAUCAAGCGUGUCUACGUCGUGGAUCCCUUGAUUGCGACGGGGGGAACGGCCAGUGCCGUCAUUGAGGCCUUGCGGGAUUGGCGCGUCGAACACAUCACUUUCGUGUCCAUGCUCACCAGUCAAUCGGGGCUGGAGACAGCAGCCAAUGUCUGGCCCCAAGGCACAGAUUUCGUUGUCGGCGCGAUCGACCCCAGCCUGGAUGCACAGGGGUAUAUCGUGCCCGGCGUAGGCGAUAUUGGUGACCGCUUGUUUGGAACUGGCCUGUCUCAUUAA